ACGCCAGACGGCCAUGUGUGCAUAUAAUUUGGCUUUAUUAAAUAACACACCAGGAUAGAUAAUUUGGUGGAAAACACUAUAUGCUCUAUUCUAUUACAAUAUGACAUAGUUUGCGCAGGCGCUCAUUUAAAGAAAAAGUGACGGAUUUUAUCAUUACAUCAUAAUGGGUGCUUCCUAUAGCUGGCUUUUCGGUUCAGAAAAUGUGAUUCCUAGACGAUUGGAUAGAAACACAUUUUACGAAAGACAUCCGGGUCUUCAUAAUAAACCUUUUGGAGGGAUUGAAUCGGAAAUAACCAGAAAACCGAAAGCUUUUCCAGCGGAAGACAAGACGCUGAUUGAGGUGCUGAAAGUGGACCUUGACGUUGAAACAAAUUCAAACGCUCACCACACUAACGAAUAUGAUGUCGUCGAGAAAAAGAAAUCGCUUGUUAUACGUCGAGGUCAAGAGUUCAACAUCAACAUUGAGUUUAACCGACCUUAUGAUUCACAGAAAGAUGAUCUUAGAAUUGUGUUUCAGUUUGGUAAAAAUCCAAGACCAUCUGUUGGUACACAUGCAGAAUUCAUUCUGUCUGAGAAAGACAAGCCAAAGCAAUGGGGCGCUUACAUAAACAGUAAAGAAGGAAAUUCACUUAACCUCGUUUUGAAUUCAUCGCCAUCAUGUCCGGUCGGAAAGUGGUCCUUAAAAAUAGAUGUCGUAAAAAGAGCAGAGAACUCUGUAGAAGUGUUCCGUUAUACCCAUACAGACGACAUUUAUAUUCUUUUCAAUCCAUGGUGCAAAGAUGACUUUGUAUACAUGUAUGAAGAAAAACUUCUCAAGGAAUACAUAUUGAACGAAACUGGAAAAAUCUACUCUGGAAGCUAUAAAAAGAUUUCACCAAAACCCUGGGUAUUUGGUCAGUUUGAGGAAAACAUGCUUGAUUGUUCGUUGUUGCUACUAGAGGUAUCCGGUCUUCUUGAUAAUGCCAGAGGUAAUCCGAUAGCAGUUGUUAGAAAAAUAUCACAAAUGGUGAAUUCUUCCGAUGACGAUGGUGUUUUAACCGGAAACUGGAGCGGUGAUUAUGCUGGCGGUACAUCUCCAUUGAAUUGGCCCGGAAGUGUAGACAUUCUUAAUGAAUAUUACUCAACUAAACGACCUGUAAAAUUUGGACAGUGCUGGGUAUUCUCUGGCAUAGUAACAACAGUUUGUAGGGCACUUGGUAUACCAGCCAGAAGUGUGACAAAUUUCGCGUCUGCUCACGAUACUGACGGAAGCAUAACGAUAGAUUACCACUAUAACGAGAAGAUGGAACCCCUGGAAGACGAAAAUAAUGAUUCUGUGUGGAAUUUUCACGUUUGGAACGACGUUUGGCUGGCCCGACCAGAUCUACCUAAUGGAUAUGGAGGUUGGCAAGCUAUUGAUGCUACACCACAAGAAACAAGCGACGGUGUAUAUUGUAUGGGACCAAUGUCUCUCUUGGCCAUUAAACGAGGAGAGUUGUUUUAUCCAUAUGACGGACCUUUUUGCUUUGCCGAGGUUAACUCUGAUAGGGUAUACUGGAAAAUGAGCGAGAGUGGUGCAAUGGAGAAAGUUUAUGUCAAUAAAUACAGCAUUGGGAAAAGUAUAAGUACCAAGAGACCUUCCAGCGAUGAACGGGAAGAUGUGACUGAUCAAUAUAAGUUCAAAGAAGGGUCUGACGAAGAAAGAACUGCCGUACGUCAAGCAAAUCAGAAGUCAACACUAGCAGGGUUUUAUGAAACUAAAGCCGAGGAUGUAACUUUUGAGCUUAAAGCCAACCCUGAUGUAUUCAUGGGAGAUACAAUGAAAUAUUGCCUUGAGUUGAAGAAUACAAGUAGUGACAAGAGAGUAGUGAAUGGAACGCUAUCUUUGGCCAGCUCUUACUACACAGGUGUCACGUACAGGAACAUUAGAGACUUCUCCAUAGAUGGAACCGUUUUGCAGCCUGGAGAACAGAAGUGCAUAGAUGUAGAGGUCGGAGUGGACGAAUAUCUGGACAAACUGACUGACCACUGUAUUUGUAAAAUAUCUUGCAUGUGCCUAGUUGAAGAAACAAAGCAAACGUUCGCUAACCUUGACGAGCUUCGGCUUCGUAAACCACAUCUUACAAUAAAGGCACCUGAGACUGGAAAAGUUGGAAAUGAGUUCGAAGUUGAAGUUUCUUUUGUAAAUCCCUUGCCGGUGACUUUAACAAAUUGUGAAUUGCGUGUAGAUGGACCCGGUGUACAAAAACCUACAAAAUACAAGCAACAGAAUGUAAAUGCAGGAGCAACUUACACCGGUAAAUUCAACAUGUGUCCCAAGAAACCAGGAGACCGAGAAAUCGUCGUGUAUUUUAACUGUACUCAGAUAUAUGCUGUGAAUAUCUCACAUCAAAUCAAAAUCAACCCCUAGUCAACUUUUGACACAAAGGAAAUGGUAUUGACUACAACCUAGCUCUUGGCUCCAUGUGUAGUAUAACGUGCGGAUUAAUGUCAUGACGUUUUGCUGUAUAGGUUUUAUAUAAAGGCUUAGAACCACGAAGACACGUCUUUCAAACGCAAAGUCAGAUGUACAAAUUCGAAUGCAACAGUAAAUGUGAUAUAAAUAUUGACUAAACUUGCGUAAAACUUAUGCAAAUAUUGUUACGUCUUUUCUAGUUAAACUGGCUCAUCUUCACCAUACAAUGCUUAAAAUGUUGUUUUUUUUAUUUUUGUAUUUGCAUAAUUGUACCUUAUAGAAGUUUUUUCAUUCGCCUUCAUUAUCAUGUUGUUUCAAAUUACCAAAGCAUGUUUUGGAGACAUGUAUAAAGUAUUUCAUGUUAGUUCUCUCAUUUAUUUUAUGUUAGAUUUUUACAUUUUUAUAGAUGUUAUUUUACAGUAUUUAACCAAAGCAUUGUAUUUAUAUAAAGUAGACUUUUAAUAUAGAUAGGGUGUUGUAAAGAAAAAUAUUGUAUAUAUGAAAGUUUUCUAGUCAUUUAUAUCGCAAUCUGCAAAUCAUGUGUAAAGGUAAAAGUGCUAGAAAACAGAUAUGUUGGAUAAAAAAUAAUGUUUGUUUC